UUUCCUAUUACUUGAUCAUAUAGGUAUAUCAGAAAACAACUAAUAGGCGAACUUUUGAGCGUAUACUUGAGAAUUGCUCGAUAUUUUAAAUUCGUGAUCAAUUGAUAACAAGCAAUCCGACCUCAACAGGUUUUUGACCUAUUUGUUAUGUUAUCCUAUCCAUAAUAUUUCAAUAUAGAAAGAUCAAACUACUCAGUUUUAAUUAAAAUGAGUGUAGAACGCUUCCGAUACCACUUGAGGUUUCAUUAUUUUUACAUCGAAAAUAUGCACGAAAUAUAUAAAAUAGAGCUCUCAAUGUAAGAGCUAGGAAAUAGCAAAGUCGACAUUUUUUUUGCCGAAAAAUUUUCAGACCCAUAAUUUACGGACUGCAAACAUUGAUUGGUUACUUCCGCAUCAAUUUGUUCAUUUUAUUUGAAUUUCAUUAAAUAGUUUGAACAUGGAGCGAGUAAGGAACACUGCUAAACUGAUUCGAGAGAAAUGGAAAACACAGUUCGAUCCGCCAGAUGAUCUGGAAAAUGAAAAACAAUACAAGGAACGAUGGAGGUCUAUCUACAUCAUUUACUUCACUAUGUUCUCCAUGUCGCUUGGAUUCAGUAUAAUCGUGACAGGAGUAUGGCCUUAUCUAGACAGAUUAGAUCCACUUGCUGGCAAGGAAUUUAUGGGAUAUAUUGUUGCUGCAAAUCCAUUCGCUCAAAUGCUAUUUUCUCCAUUGGUUGGAUGGUGGAGCAAUAAGUUGGGAAAUAUAAGAAUACCAGUUGUAAUUUCACUGAUGAUAUUCGCAGUUUCAAGUGCAAUGUACUCAUCUAUCGAAAUGUUAGAUGAUAACAGGAAAUACUAUAUGUUAGCUUCAAGAUUUUUGGUUGGUGUUAGUUCAGCGAACAUUGCUAUAUGCCGCUCCUACCUUGCUGCUGCUACUCGAUACUCUGAAAGAACAGGUGCUGUCAGUAUGAUUUCCCUUGCUCAAGUAAUCGGUUUCAUAAUGGGGCCAGCAAUUCAAGCUGCAGUGGUACCAAUUGGUGACGAUGGAUUCUUCCUCAUAAAGGAUAAACUAAAAAUAGACAUGUACACUGCAUGUGGUUGGAUUAGCGUUCUCAUUGCCAUCAUUAACAUGUAUAUGUUCCUUCCAAACAUCUUCAGAGAGCACAAAAUAGCGGGAAGAGAAGCCAUGUUGAAACAGAAAAAGGACAACAUUAAGGACACUUACAAACUGCACAAGCCUAACUAUUUCGCUACUUGGACUCUCAUAGUAUCGUUUUUCAUUAUAGUUUUCAACUUUAUGUUGCUAGAAACUCUAGCAACUCCUUUGACGAUGGAUCAGUUUGCGUGGUCUAAAUCAGAAUCAUUAAAAUAUACGGGAAUAUUGAUUUCUGUAGGUGCAGUGAUUUCAAUAAUUACUUCUCUAGCUAUCCCUCACCUUAGCAAACAUUUCUCUGAAGUGAAGAUAAUGGUUUGGGGAGGUUUCUUCUUCAUGGUAUUGGGAAGAGGUAUCUAUAUCCCAUUCAAUAAUGAACCUCCCCCAAUCUACGACAAUGGACUCAAAUUGAAUCUAACCUUUUUCUGUGAUAGAACAAUCAGAAAUUCUUCUUUCGAUGAGAACAAUUUCAACAUAAGUGAAUUAAAUGUGUUCAACUUCAACUCAACGGCUUACGAAGAAUUAUUGGAGAAUAACAGAACUACAGAAUUGAUUAAAAUAGCUACUCUAAACUGCGGAGAUGACUUGUUGGGAUGUCCUUCCACUCAAGAAUGGUGCUCUGAGAUUCCAGCUCUAACUAUCACAAAUUUUGUGAUUGGUCUUCUUCUGACUACCUUUGGAUAUCCAAUGGGAAUUACGCUUAUUCAGACUUUAGUAUCGAAACAUCUUGGAACUAGACCUCAGGGUGUUUGGAUGGGCCUACUGACUGGUGCUGGUUGCUUGUCCAGAGUUUUAGGUCCUGUAUGUGUAACACACAUAUACGAAGAAUAUGGUACUAUCUGGACAUUUGGUAUAACAACAGCCAUGAUGGUUGCCACACUUCUUUGGUUAUUUUAUUUCGAGGAAGAAAUUACGCCGAAAGAAAUUGUUUCUAUGGAAGAAGAAGGAGAAGAAUUGAACAAUAUGGCUUCCAAUAAAGAAAGGAAAGAUCAAGAAAAUCACAUGUGAACAGGGAGAAAUUUUACUAAUGGUAGUAAAAUUGAUUUAUUUUUUGAAUUGGUGUAACCUAUCGUGCAAUAAUGUGUAAACACAGAUUGAAAACUAUCUACGCAUAGAGAAUGCAAUUUUGAUACAAGUCAGGUAUAUAUCUUUCGAAUAGUGAGUAAAUUUUCAUUGCAAUAAUUAUGAAGGGAUAUCUGACAAAAUAGUGUAGAAAUAUUUAUAUAAACCACUCACUCCAUGUUGAUAGUGAUAGAGAAUUCUUUUAUGAGCUUUGGCCAAUUUUCAAAAUUCAAAAUGUAGUACUGUUUGAAGCUGAGAAACAAAUUAGAAAGAGUGUAUUCAGAGAUUGGGUCUGGAGGAGGGAAAUUUUGAAAGUUAAUAUGAAGUAAAUAAAGUAUGGUGACUGAUUUGAAUUGAAGCUGGAUCACUUAGGUAUUCCAUUUUAAAAAGUUGUCAGCAAAGAAAUUCACUUGACAUUUUUUUCUCCAAAUAUAAUAUUUCAUGAAUUUUUGGUGCGAUAUUUUGGUGUUGAAUUUUUUUCUUUUUUUCUGGAGGGAUAAUUACCCUCAAAACCUACCCAUUUUGGGUACUUCUAUGGUGCCAACCAGGUGCCUGUUGCACCAAACAACUUUGAAACUUUUCAACUUGUAUACCUACUUAUCAAAUAAAUUACAGAAUUGAAAAUUUACAAAUCUUUGUGCGAUAUAAUAUCCAGCAUUGCUCAUUGCAUGUUGUUGUGUAAUAGUAUUAUUUUUCAUCUUGGAAACUCGACAAGAUGCAAAAAAGUGAAAAGUUGCAAAGGCCAAUGAUCCCAUAUCUAGGGAGGUAUUUCAGGAAAGACAAUAAUAGUCCAAAAAAUCGAUAUAUGAAUUGUUUAACUUCUUACACCAUCUACAGAUAUCGUAUUAUCGACACAAACCUUCGCCUUAAGGAUUCUCUAUAAAAAAUAAUCAUCAAUUAGGUAUGAGGUCGGGAAAACUAAUCGAUACGAGAAAUUAUCGAAGCCAAAAUAAACUACGCUCAAGGUUCUCUGACAUCCUAGAACUGAAUUCAGUGGCAAAUCUAAAACCAAACAUUUGUUAUUAUUUCAUCUUGUGAACAAAUCUGAAAAAAAAAAUAUUUCACUCAAAAAAGCUGCGGACAAUUUCUCUAACAUUUUCUGAAAAUACUAUCCAACUGCAAAUUAUAUUUAUGCUUGAUAUGAUCAUUGUAACCAUUGUAACUAACAGCUUGCAAAUUAGUCUAGUAUGGAAUGCUUUUUUUUCGAAGAAGAAAUGAAGCUUCAUUCAAAUGAGGAACCCUUCAAUUGAAGGCAGAUAUUUCUACUUCAAGCAAACAAUUUUUUGGAAAUAUUUCAUUAAUAUAUAGGUUCGGUUCUGGGUGAUAUUACGCUCUGGCGUAAUAUUAAAUAAGAAGAAUACUCGCUAUUUUAUAGAUUUUAGUAGAAUUAUUCAUUAAUAUUGAAAAAUAUAUCUAUUUCACUUUAUUUUACUACCAUUUAAUUCAUUUCUCUUUUUAAAUGGAGAAUCAUGUGAAAACUUUCAUCAAAUCUCAUUUGCAUACUAAAAUUUUUAUUUAGGACUGAUAAUGCAUAAGUACUUUUCAUAUGGGUUGAUAGUAUAAUAUAUUUACAUUUUACUGGUUAAAGGUUCAUUAGUGAAUUGAAUUUUAAACUAUACUAUAGUAUUUCUUGCGUACCUAUCUAUACAGGGUGAGUCUUCGACUUGUACAUAUAUUUCAACCGAAGAUUUCUGAGGUCAAAAGAAAAAUCUUUUUCAAUUCGACUCCAUUAAAAUGAUUGAGGCUUUUGAAAAUCGAUAAAAAACGUUAUUUUCGGCUAUAUCUCGUAAUUGGUUCUAUCGAUGGAAAUGAUUUUCAGAAGAAAGCUUUUCUUUGAUGUUAUGAAUCUUCUCCAAACACAAAAUUCCAUCCACAUCUUCCAAUUUCUUUAUUAUGACCAUUGUAUUCCAUAAAAAUAGCAGAAAUUCAAAGAAAAUGUAAGUUGAACCCUCAUUAUGAAUAUUUGACCAUUUGGAAAAAUAUAAGAAUUCCACAUAUUUUCUCUUAAAAUACGCCAUUUUCGAGUAAUUCGAUCUCAAAAAAAUAUAUAUAUCUAUGAAAUUCAAAAAAUUGGAUACUUUGGCUAAAUGUUACUCUGUUCUCUUCGUAUAACUCUUUUAUUGCAUUAUAAAUACUACUUCGUUGAACAAAUGGAAUAUCAAAAGUGAGUUUAUAAUGGUUUUUCUAUAAAGUAGCUUAUUUCCAAUGUUAAAAUGGUAUAUCUUAUUCCGGUUUCCAGAGGUGGCAUAGCUCAUUAUGCAAAUUUAAAUUGGCUGUAUCUCUUCAUCUAGGCCGCAUCUGAAAAAAUGGUAAAGGAUAAAAGUGUUCAUUUUGACCUCAAGAUCUACUGUUAGAAUAAAUGAACAAGUAAAAGACUCACCCCGUAUAUAAUAUAUAAUACAUUUUUAUUCCCUUCUAUUUUCAAAGAACUGAAUUUUGUUAUUUAUACCAAUUAUGAAUUCAAUCCUUUUUGGUUGCGGACUUUUUUGCAAAUUGAAAAAUUGACUAUCUGCAUUUUUCUGGCAGAUUUAUUUGAUUCAAACUUAAUAGGAGUUGACGGAAACACUGGUUAUACUUAGUUCAUCGACUAUCAGUUAUUUUUGAGUCACGAAAAAAUGUUAUUUAAUAGUUUUAUUUCUGCAUUUAUCAACCGAAAUUUCACUAAAGAAACCCUGAAGAAGUAUUGAAUGAACCGAUCGGUGUUUCCGUUAUUAUUGUAAAUAUAAAAAUGAAUUUGCUUUGUAAGUAUGAAUCAUUCAAACAGUUUUAAUUUUAAACAAUUUUUCUGUUUAGUAAAUAUAUAGUUUAUUGGUUUAUUUCCACUAAAAGUCUGUCGUCAUCAACAACUCAAUCAUUAUAAGCAACUGGCUCAUUUUUAAUGACUGAGAUUCCCACUAUUGGAAAUCGUAGAUUAUGUAAUAAGUGAUAUGAAAUAGCAACUUAUCUGUGAUGAAAUCGUCUUCAAAUCCCCAAACGAAGUUUUUGUAUAUCUUUACCUAUACUUUGCUGUUAUAAAUAGCAUCACAUGCCAAAUUUAGUCACUCAAAACUGCGCUAGUUAUAUUUUGUUAGAAUUUGUUGAGAGAUUGUAUAUUUUUAAAGUCCCUUGUAAUCAUUCAUCUUGUAUUACUUAGAUACGUAUAUAUUUUGUGAUAUGAGAAAAUUUUAUUGUAAGUAAACAUGAUAAAUGAUA